GGUGGAAGUUGGGGUUAGCCGAAUAUGACGUCACAAUAAAUCUAUGGAGUCCCGACACAGACGGACGGACGGGUAGAAAAGUCUCCAAAUUUCUGCACAAACUCACAGACUUUGGUUCCGCCCCGGUCAGAAUGGAUUCGGAGGACGAGUAUGUCAUGGACGAUGUAGACGACGAAGAAGAGGAUGACCUUGCAGACGAAGACUAUGAGAAUUUUGACUUGGGAAUGGAACCCGAGCCCUUAUCAUCAGCGGCUCAGGGUUCCAGCAGGGACGACGAACUGGACGAUUUUCCGUACGAAGUCCUGAGUCCAGAACUGAUUGUUCAACACAUGGUAGACUGCAUCAAAGACGUGAACACUGUUGUGCAGAUUCCUCCAACAGCCACCCGUAUUCUGCUGAAUCACUUUAAGUGGGACAAGGAAAAACUCAUGGAAAGAUACUUCGAUGGGAACCAGGAAAAGCUGUUUAGUGAGGCCCACAUCAUCAGCCCCCAUAGGAAAGCCAAGUCCAGACCCAAGAAUCCCGGUCAUGGCUCAAACAGCCAGCUCGGCGCUAUGAACACGAGAUCGUCGACAGCCCUGGCCAAUCAGGAGCUGCUGUGCGAGAUCUGCCUGAUCACCAUGCCGCAGUCCUACAUGACGGGGCUGGAGUGCGGACACCGCUUCUGCAUCUCCUGCUGGAACGAAUACCUCACCACCAAAAUCAUGGACGAGGGCAUGGGACAGACGAUAUCGUGUGCAGCUCACGGUUGUGACAUUCUAGUAGAUGAUGCCACAGUUAUGAGGCUUAUACAAGAUUCCAAAGUGAAAUUGAAGUACCAGCACUUGAUAACUAAUAGUUUUGUGGAGUGCCACAGAUUAAUGAAGUGGUGCCCUGCCCCAGACUGUAAAUAUGCAGUCAGGGUGCAGUACGUGGAUGCAAAACCUGUAUCGUGUGCCUGUGGACACAGUUUCUGUUUCAGUUGCUCUGAAAACUGGCACGAUCCAGUCAAGUGUUCAUGGCUGAAGAAGUGGAAGAAGAAGUGUGAUGAUGACUCGGAGACGUCAAAUUGGAUAGCAGCCAACACCAAGGAGUGUCCCAAGUGUCACGUGACCAUCGAGAAAGACGGAGGGUGUAACCACAUGGUGUGUCGGAACCAGAACUGCAAGGCUGACUUCUGCUGGGUCUGCCUCGGGCCAUGGGAGCCUCACGGAUCGUCAUGGUACAACUGUAACCGUUAUGACGAGGAAGAGGCCAAGGCUGCCCGCGAUGCUCAGGAGGUACAGAAAUCGAGGGCGGCGCUGCAGCGGUACCUGUUUUAUUACAACCGCUACGCCAACCAUCAACAGAGCCUCAAGUUUGAGCACAAGCUGUACGCCCAGGUCAAGCUGAAGAUGGAGGAGAUGCAGCAGCACAACAUGUCUUGGAUCGAGGUGCAGUUCCUUAAGAAGGCCGUGGACGUCUUGUGCCAGUGCCGCACGGUCCUGAUGUACACCUACGUCUUCGCUUUCUACCUGAAGAAGAACAACCAGUCCAUCAUGUUUGAGGACAAUCAGAAAGACUUGGAGAAUGCGACGGAGUGUCUGUCGGAGUAUCUGGAGAGAGACAUCUCCGCCGACAGUCUAGUGGACAUCAAGCAGAAGGUUCAGGAUAAGUAUAGGUACUGUGAGAGUCGGGUGAACGUCUUGCUGCAGCAUGUGCACGAGGGUUACGAGAAGGACUUCUGGGAGUACAACGAGGUUUUGUAGCUGCUUCCGUCGGUGUGAAACAACUGAAUCCUUAUAAAUAAUAAAUAAUAAAAAAGCAUAACAACGUGGUGGUUCAACAGUGCAUAUCUCACAGCACAGUGGAACGGUGAAACAAAAAAAUAAAGGAAAAGUAAAGAAUUUGCUGCAGACGCACCCAUAUGCCUAGAUAUGGACAGAUCUCACUGUUUGCUAACUUCCGCAAUGUGUUUGGUUGUGUGUAGAUGAAAAAGAGAGCAACGGUCUUGGUAGAUUCGCUGGUGACACAUAUGGAAAUAUAAAUACAUGUACGCUUGGCUUACAUGGUGUCAAAAUUUCAGUGGGUAUGUCUGCGAGAUAGUAUGAUAUCUCCGUGUAUGUACAAUGUACUGCUGUGCAGUGCUUUUUCUCUCGAUUUCUUUGCUUUGGUGGGGAAAUUGUUUUUGCUCCCUGGGCCACAUGUUUGAAUAGGAGUACUAAACCAUGCUGCUUUUGAGCCUGGAAUGCUGUAAAUUGUUCUCACACUUUAAACAUGGCAAAAGAAGUACAGUUACUGUAUUAGCCGGUACUACAGAUUGGGAAUGUUUUCAAGAUAGUUUAAAGCCCUGCAGUAGAUAAAAAUUACAGUUUCGGACAUGUUUGGCUCUAGAAGUAUGUUGUUGUAAUUCUGUACAAAAAUCCUGCAAUGAAUAAAAGUCAUACAUGGCAAUGUGUAUCUCAUGUUCGAAUGGGAAAUGUUACCCUGAAGUCUCAUAGGGUACUCCAACCAUUUGUUUUGUAUAAUGUGAACGAUUUCGCAUCCCCAGCAAACUUCAGUUUCACUAGAUGUUGAUUUGAAAAUGCUCCUUUUGAAACCAGGUUAAAUUGUAGCUUCUAUGAUAGGUUUUUUUUCUUCUUCCGUAAGAAAGGUAUGUAUUGAGCAUGUAUGUAGCUCUUUUUUUGGGACUGAAAUGCUUUGAAGAAUAUGCAAACAGUGUACAUGUAAGUAAGAUCUUGAAUAUGUCCGCCUUGUGUACAAUACUUGUACUACAUGUUGUACAGAGCAAGACAGGCUAUAUCAGGCUUUAGCAACUUCAUUCUCGCGCAAGUUGCAUGUAAGAUAACGUGAACAGUGACACUGACAGUACAAUAUUGUGCACCUUUGGUUUAUUGUUCCUGUAUGCCAUUAUUAAAACGAGUGUACCUAUUGAAAAUUUAUCCAAUAAACAGAUCAAAUCAUUC